UGUGGAAAAACAAGAUAUUUUUGUCAUCAUUUAUCAUAGAGACAAUUUGUAGGACAACAAUUGAAAUUAUUAUUUUCUCUGUUCAAAAUGUGAUUGACAAUCAGUCAAAAUAUUACGCAGAAAAUCGCACCAAUGUUAUGCUAAGUACACCUUAUUUAAUAGUUACAAUAAUAAUUUCAAUUCAUACUGGAUGUUAUGGUGAUACCACACAAAUAUAUUCUACGUACCAACAUGAACCAACCUGGGGAAGUUCUACACCAACCUAUGCUGUAACAACAACAGGACGGGAAGAGAGAGCAGUGAGCACUAUUGGAAACAAAGAAGGAUUGGAGACAAUAAAUCAUUUGCUAGGUGACUUGAUAAACAAGUUGAAGGAUUACCGUACUAAACGUGAAAAAGUCCCACUUAAACCACUAGUAAGGAAGAAGAGAACCAGGAGAAUUUGGAGUGAAUGGAGUCCUUGGACACCAUGUAGUGUGUCUUGUGGCAGGGGAAGAAUGAUAAGAUGGAGGCACUGUUUAAAGAACUGUGAUGGCAUAGAAACAGAAAUGGAGGAGAAGAUUUGUCAGCUACCUUGCUGCCCUACGAAAUUAUUCGGAAUGAUUAAUUUAUAAGAAUUAUAUUAUACAUGUCUUGUAAAUAUUGAAUUUUUUAGGAGUAAAUAACACCUAGCCAUAAAAAUUUUA